AAGCAUCCUGAAUGAGAUCUUGUCCAGUCAUGAUGGUCUUGAAGCCAGCACAAUCCGACCAAGGUCACCUUCACCUCCAAGAUCGUACCAUCUACCUGUGGAGCCAGCAGCAGGGAGGCUGGGGAGUCAGCACACGUCAGUAAACAGACCAGUUCCCACCAUCAGUCCAGCCCUCCGCCAGGCAGACAAGCUGCUCACAGACCUCAGCUCCAUGCGUACACAGAUGAAGGGAUACGUCCAUGAUGCUGAAAAAUGGAAAUAUGACAUCAAACACCUUCAUGAGGAGGCUGAGCGAGACAGACUGGCCGCCCGGCGGCGCGCUGCCCUGGGAGAACCCGCGCCCAUCGAGUCCUACCUGGCCACUACAUCACCUCAGGUUAGACCACCACUGGCCAUGCCUACAAGUGUUCCAGUCCCCAGACCAGGGAUCCCACUGUCCACAGGGCUACCACUGUCCACAGGGUUACCACUGUCCACUGCUCCCAUGUCUACAGUCACGUCUGGGAGAAACAAGGAAUCAGACAUCUCACCAGCAUACAGCAAAGCUCGCAGCAUACUGGACCAGGUGACUGUCAGUCGGCGUUACCUGGAGGAUAACCUGGAGGCAGUGAUGCGAGCAAAGGACCAGUCCCAGCUUUACCAGCUCAUGGACAGUCUGCACCAGGAGGGCCCGAGUGCAGACAGGGCUCGCAUCAGGAGGGAGGUGGACGCCAUGAUCAACCAGCUGACUCCGGAGGUGGAGGAUGACGUCAUGAAACACUUGACGAGAAAUCCAAAGCCCAAAAAGGUGUCCUUUGUCGAAGAACAAGUGCCUGAACGUGACACAGGACCGGGUGUGCCCCAGGCUGAAAAGUCUCAGCCCAAGACGGUGAGAGGAAGAGCUCAACCCAGGAUAAACACUGGGCUAAGGAGGCCUUCAAAGGCAGCAAAGACCACUGGGAAGGAAAAGGGACCAGUGAAGUCUGAAGAGAGGAGUAGAAAAUCUCCUGUGAAAGAAAAGUCCAAGCAGACGAGAGAUGUGCCCUUCUAUGAGCAGGAUGAGACGUACCUGACCCGUGUGUAUGGCAAGGCCCGACACCAUCCCCACAGAACCACCGAGAAGCAGCCAUACCUCCACUUCAACUCACCUCCUCCCAGGACCAAGGCUCCCAGGCCCAAGCCUGCUGUAGAUACUAAAGGCACCAUUAUGAAGUCCAUUAAGACACAGACCAAGGAGAAGCCUGCUCCAGGCAGAACUGCAGGCCCUACAGGACAGUAUUACUUCUCCCCUGCAGCCCCCUACCCACAGGCAGGAGUCCCCACCCCCCAGCAAGGCCAGCUCAUCCCCAUGGCCAUCCCCCUGGGGGCACCCAGAAUAGAAUCUUCUCACAAUCAGGCUGUACCGUUGGUAGCUCACACCGCUCUACCAAACAGGACUCAGGGCACUGCCAGGCCCAAUGUGGCGACUGUUACCAUGGUGACAGACAAGGAUGCUCGUAAACCUAAACUCUCAGUACAGGUGAUGCCAGCUGUUGACAUUGACAGUAUCCCACAAAGCCCUGCCUCAGACACUGCCCCUAAAGCCACCUUCCCUCCAGAGAUACCUUCAACAGACCAGCCAGUUGGUCGGCCUGAUGACACAGAGUACAGUGAGUUUCCCCACUAUGGAGCAGAGGUUGAAGAUGAAGCAGAAGAGAUCGAUGAGAUAGAACGUGACCUGAAGCAGCCUGGUACAGGCAUGACCGUGGAAGGGGACAUGAGAGAAGAGGGGAGGGAGUACCAUGGUCCCCCCUUCCCCCCACAGCCCCCUCCUCCAGAGGUGGUCCAGCCCUCCUCUGAAGUGCUAGCUGAGGAACUGAGGAGGAGGAAUCAGGUGGAGAACAGAGCAGUGGAAUGGAUUGAAGCAGAACUCAUGGCACAAGUCAUCAACCAGCUGUACCCAGCCCAGCGACCGGAGUCACCCCCAGAACCCUCCGACUCAGGGAGCUCUGCUGGAGAAGCUGACACAAGGGACCCUGGUACAGUGUCAGCGAUCGGGCAGGCAGGUCUGCAGCUGUUUGUUGAUGCGGGGGUUGCCGUGGAUACGGAGCUGGUGCAGCGGCUGGUGCGGGAGGUCCUGGAGGAGAAGGUGGCAGCCAUGAUGGGUCAGCACGAGAGGCAGCGGGCAACCCCUCCUCCUCCUCCCCCCUCACAGCCGUACAAGGAACCCUCACCUGCACGCACGUCACCCAAACAGGUCAGCCCCCUCCACACCCCACAGCCCACUCCCAAGACCAGCCCUGUGCCCAGCCCACCACGAGGUCCGUCUCCCGUAGCAACGCCCGAGGCCACGCCCCACAGCUCACCCGAACCCUCCCCGGCAGAGUCUGAGACGGAGAAUCUCCAUGAAACUCUUAUCACACCAGCACCACCUCCAGAAGAACCAUCACCCCCCUCCCCCGUGGAGCCAACAUCCCCUGUCCCAACGCCUGUCCCCACCCCUACUCACAGCCCACCCCCAGCGGUCACCCCUCCCCUGACCCCCCACACCUCCCCCCACCCCUCGGAGCUUGAGGUGGAGCCCCUGCCCCAGUUUCCCCUGCCCUGGGGAGAUGAUGUGGACCUGCCCCUGUCUGAGGAGGCCCCGCCCACUGCCGCUCAGCAGCCUGGAACUGGGAAAAUUGAGAUGUCAUUGUCCCCAACUGAAGAACCGACAAGUCUGAUUCAGCUUCCCCCUCCCCCUGUCACACCAAAGAGCCUGCCUCCGCCCAAGGAGUCUCCAUCGUCUUCUGAACACUCCCCUCCACCGUCAGAGUCCAGCAGUUCCUCCACUAUCACCACGGUAACAGAGACAGCUGACGUGUCCCUGUCCGAGGGGGAGUGGCUGUUCAGUAGGGGCCAGGCAGGAGCUGUUGGGGGAUUAAGAGGUGUUGCUGGAGGUGUUGGUGAGAUCAGGUCAGGUGACAGCAGUCUGGCCAGCACACUGGAGGGGGCUGAGGAGAUGGACCAUGAGCAGGAACCUCCGAGUGAAGGUGAAUUGCUGCCAAAAGCCCUGAGUGAUGUUCACAAAGACCCCUUACUCGCCCUCCUGGCACGUGCGAAACAGCCCGUUAAGAAAAUGGUGGAGAAGCCAGCGCUCGCUCAGGGGGUGGCAGACAACGAUGCAAGCAUUGGGGAGGUCAGUGAGGGUCAAAGACCUCGGUUAACCCAGACUGCUGAGAGAGUUCUCCUUGGAGAGGCCCAGGACACCAGGAGAGGUUCACACGGUGAGGCAGUGGGCCGUACCAUUCCUGUGGACAGUACUGCUCCUCCUGAAGAUAGCACCAUGGUGCUGUCUGACUUGGAGAGGCCGUCGACACGGAAGCCAGCCCCGCGGGUGAUCAGCGUCGCCUCGGCUGAUGACUCCUCCCCCAGGCCCUCCCCACGAUCUCGGACUCCCCUGGCAGCCUCCAGAGGCCAGCAGAGGAGCGGAGACUCUGACACGAAACCGGCCAGGGUGAUCACCGUCAAGGCUGUGCCUGAAGACGAGGUGCCAGAGGAAGGCAGGACAAGCCAGCAGGGAUUACAAGGGACCCACACAUUGAGUGACAUGGACACCCGGACCUUCACUCCAGACCAGAUGAACUUAGAUGCCCUCAUCCAGUCUGGCUACCUCACCCAGUCUCUCAGCCAAUCAGAUCACAGCGCUGACCUGGGUAGAACAGGUGGUUCCACAACUGGAUUGGACACUCUCAACCAAUCAGGACUGGGCAUGGGAAGAACAGGUGGUUCCACUACUGGAAUCAACCAGUCAGGACUUGGCACUGGAAGACAGGCACGUAGUUUCAGCCUACCAGUUGGUGGAGCUGAGAAAGAGGAGGAUGACCCGCGUAGAACCUCCCUAGUGGUGUCCCUAACUUUGCCCAGUAUCCAAGGAGAGAAUGACAGUGUGACUGUUAGCUCUCUGGAGGGGGGAGAGUACAGUGCAGGGGAGGUGUCAGACAUAUCUGAAAUUUCUGGGGGUGGCUUCUAAGUAAGCAUAUACGACAAAAUCAUUCAUACCCCAUGUGACUUUUUAUUUCAAGUUGUUUUGUUCUUUAAACUACCACUUCAACUGACACCUAAAUAAAUUAAAAAUAGGUCAAAAUUCCAAUGUACUACAUUUGAUUCUUGAGAAAAACAAAGGGGUGUUAAAAUAUUUGUUCACUGUAGGUUGGUAGGCAGGUUUUUUUACAUUGCUUUAGUCGAGGACAUUCUUUAGUGUCCUUGCUUUAGUGCAGACUGUCUUGUUCUUUUGCAUGGUGUAACAUUCCAAAGUCAACAAAUUUCAGGAAGUAGAAACAACUUUAUUUUGUAGUCUCCAGGUCACUUUGUGAAACUCCAGUAUUAGUGCCAGCCCUAAGAUCUCAGAUGACAGGAAUCUGUACCCUUUACUCCAAAAUAAUUUAUCUAUUUUUGAUGAAAUAUUAAAAUACAAAACUGUACAUAUCAACUAAGAUUUUUAUGUAGAUGUACAAUGUACUAGUAUACAAAUUUGUGACUGAAUACUCUCACAGCCUAUUGAAUACAUGGAGUUGUACAAAAUUUGAAAUCUAACUUUAAUAGUAGAUUGUUAAUAAGAUCUGUUUUAUCUUGUGAUGAAUAAAGUUGUAAAUGUGGUCCUGGAUAUAUGACUAUGGGUGCAUUUGUGGGUGCUGAAAUCACUAGUAGUCUGAUUGAACCACUACCUUUGUUGAUGAGGAACAUUUAGUAUACAUUGUAUAUGGUACCUUCCCAGUAGGGUUUACGAGUAAUAGUAUAUGU